AUGAAGGUUUCUUCUUUCGCGUUCUUCUCUCUUCUGGCCUCUGUUCAGGCCACUGGAUCGUACUGGGGUUCUGAGAAAUGCUACUCCAGCCCGGGUCGAUCCCCCAACAAGUGUAACGAUCACCAGCAGAAGGGUUUCAGCUGGACUGAUCUCGCUGCUGGUUCGUUCUCCAGCUAUGGCGGCUUCGAGUUCUCUGGUUUCACCUGUGGCAACGGCUUUGGCUCCAGCCUUGGCAAGCGUGGUACCCAGAAGUGUAUCUCUGGUACUGUCUCCAAGGGAUCUUCCAGCUCCUCCGGCUCUGGCUCCAGCUAUGGCUCUGGCUCUAGCUCCAACUAUGGCUUUGGCUCUGGCUCUGGCUCCAGCAGCUCCGGUUCUUCGGCUCCUUCGUUCUCCUGCGGCUCUGAGGAGAGUGGUUUCUCCGUGACCAACUUCCACAUUGCCACAGAGAAAGAGACUGAACUGCACAUUAUCUACAGCAUGCCCGAUGGAUCUACCUGCAAGAACACCGCCAGCUGCCACUCCGGUGGUACCACCGUCACCAACGACCAGUGUGGUGGUGCUACUUCUGUUCAAUUCGAGCUUCCUGAGGACAGCGAGACUGAGAGCUGUGGCUUCGGUAUCUACAGUGUUGGCUUUGACUGCACUCCUGGUACUACAAGCACUGCCUCGGUUCCAGUCAGUAUCCCUGCGACCUCGGUGCCAUACACUUCGGUUGCUGCUGGAUCUAGCUCCAUUGUGCCCUCGGUCUCCGUUCCCACGUCUGUUUCUCCCGUCACUACUCCAGCCGUCAGCACCCCUGUUAAGAUGACCACUUCGACCGUCUACACCACGAGCGAGAUUACCAUAACCAGCUGUGCCCCCACUGUGACCAACUGCCCGGCCGACUCGACUACCGUUGUUACUUCGACCAUUGCUAUCUCCACCACGGUCUGCCCAGUUACCGAGACUACCCCUGCCGCUGGAUCUUCGUCUGUGCCUGGUGUUCCCAGCCCCAGUGAUGUCCUUCCCAUCAGCUCCAGUGCCCCGUACUCAUCCGUUUGGCCUUCAUCUGCUAGUGAGACCCCUGUUGGAACUCCCGCUCCUUCGACCCCUGGCGCCGUGACCACUCCUGGUCCCGUUACUACACCUGCUCAAUGGACCACCUCGACCGUGUACACGACUAGCGAGAUCACCAUUACCAGCUGUGCUGCAAGCGUCACCAACUGCCCGGCUGACUCUACCACUGUCGUUACUUCUACCAUUGCUGUUUCAACCACUGUCUGCCCGGUUACUGAGACUACUCCCGCUGGCGCUAGCUCGCCUUCCCUGCCCGGUGCUCCCAGCCCUAGCAGUGUCUUGCCUGCCAGCUCCAGUGCUGGGUACUCCUCCUCUGUCUGGUCUGGAUCAGCCAGCGAGACUCCGUCAGCCCCAGUUCCCUCUGACUCGGCUUCGACUCCGGCCGAAACUCCUGCUCCCUCAACUGCCGGUGCCGUUACCACUCCUGCUCAAUGGACUACCUCGACUAUCUACACCACCAGCGAGAUCACCAUUACUAGCUGCGCAGCUAGUGUCACUGACUGCCCUGCUGGUUCCACGGCUGUUGUCACCUCCACUAUCGCUAUCUCGACCACUGUCUGCCCCGUCACCGAGACUACCCCGGCCGCUGGAUCUUCGUCUGUGCCUGGUGUUCCCAGCCCCAGCGGCGUCCUUCCCGUCAGCUCGCCUGCUCCCAGUGAGUCUCCCGCUCCUUCAUCGUCGGGAUCGUCCCCUGCAGGCACUCCUUCGGUUUCUAGCUUGACUCCUGCUGCCUCGUCUCCUGUCGGCACCCCCGGUGUCCCUGGUGAGGCCACCACUACAGUUGUGACCUACGAGACUGUGACUACCUGCCCUGUUACUGAUACCGUCACCUCUGGAUCUUCCACUUUCGUGACCACCUACAGCACUGUUUCGACUGUCACCUUGACCUCCACUUCUUCUCUUCCCAGCUCGGUCGCUGCCGGUAGCACUCCCGCUCCCUCUGGAACUGAGGUUGCUACCAGCCCUGCUCCCACUGGACCCGCUGUGACCAGCGUCGUUGUCAGCUCUACCCCUACAAUUCCUGAGGGCCAGACUACCACUGUCGUUACCUAUGAGACCGUCACUACCUGCCCUGUUACUGACACCGUUACCUCGGGAUCCUCCACCUUUGUGACCACGUACAGCACUGUUUCGACUGUUACCUUGACUUCGACUUCGUCUCUUCCAAGCUCAGUUGCUGCCGGUAGCACUCCCGCUCCCUCUGGUACCGAGGUGGCCACUAGCCCUGCUCCCACAAGUGUCGGUGCCAACUCUACCCCUGCAGUUCCCGAGGACCACACUACAACAGUUGUAACCUACGAGACCGUCACCACUUGUCCCGUCACCGGCACCGUGACUUCAGGCUCAUCCACCUACCUGACAACCUCCAACACCGUCUCCACAGUUACCCUCACUUCAGUCUCUACAAUCUGCACCAAGUGCAGCGCUACAGCCACAGGCACCGUUGCCGUCUCCGCCGCAACUACCACCGCUGUCGCCGUCACCGGAACCUCCCCAGCGUCGAGCCCAGCUCCCUCUGCUCCCUGCCCCAACACCGUGCCCCAGUGCAUCAACACCUGGUUGAGCCUGGCACCAAAGUGCGCAUCCAACAGCGACGCCUCCUGCUUCUGCCCCAACAGCGAGUUCACCGACAAGGUCAUCUCCUGCAUCCAAGCCUGGGGCGCCUCAAAGUCCGAGAUCCAGUCGGCCCUUUCCUACUUCACCGGUAUCUGCGCAACUUGGGUGCCCCAAAACCCAGGCAUCGUCACCGCCAUCCCCUCAACGAUCACCCUCGCCCCAACAGUCGUUCCCUCAGUCGCGAUCCCCAGCGACGUCGACGCAACUGGUAUCCCAGCAACCCUCACCCCAGUUGCACCCCUCACUUCUGCCCCAGCCGUCCCCUUCACCACAAUCACCUACUCAACCUACACCCUGACAGUCCCCCAAGUCAGUUUCAUCACAAACACAGCUACAGGCACUGGCGCUACGGCAGGUGCAACAGUCGGCCUCGUCCCCGCCGGUCCAAGCGGCGCCUCCCCAGCAAACACAGGCAUCGUCCCAGCACCCGCAUCCGCAACCUGGGCCACAGCCUCAGCAAGCGGAUACGCCUCAGCUAGUCGAAGUGCCUCGGCCAGCGCCUCGCCAGUAUUCAACUCGGCGUCCAGCCUGUCGGUCGCUACCAGCCUGGUACUGGGAUCUUUUGCUGUUUUCUUCAGCUUGAUGCUAUAA